UUUGUGGAAGAAUUCUGUCAGCUCCGCGAAAAAAAGAUGGGGAAGGUGGAACGAAAACGCAAAACAGACAGGGAUUUGUAUGAUGUUGAGGUUAUUGAAGAGGACACCACGCGAAAACAGCUAAAAAUUCAUUUCGUGGGAUUCAGUCACGAAUACGAUAAGUGGCGUGAUUACGAUAAUGAAAGGAAUUACUUUCCCUUCGCUCACUUGGAAAAAAUGUUUUUCCCCGCGGAAGGUCCGCUGGAGGAUAGAGGCAACAUAUUUCACGGACGAUUGUAUCGUUGCAUCAAGAGAUGGCUCUUGGUAAAUUAAAAAGCUGCGGGAGUAAAUAGAAGAAACGAGGAAUUAUUCAAUAUCCGAAAAUUUAGAAAUCGAACUGUUUGAAAAUAUAAUUAAGCUCCUAUUAAAAUAUUCACCAUCACUUCAAAUCACUUAUUUGUUAAUCGGUAAGUGUACGAAGAACCGUUCUGCUGGCUGAAUUUCUCACCAUUUUCGCCCUGAGAAUUAUCUUCAACUGCAGAAACCGUCACGGUACAGGCGAAGAGAAGAAAGACAACAAGAUGUACCUUCAAAGUCAUUUUGCCCCACCGAAAUCUGCACAAAUCCCAACAAAUUACAUAUAAAAACGCGGCAAAUUAAUUCAACUCUUUGAAUUUGGCGGCGCAUUUAUUAUUCGGAGCAUGCGCUGUCGAGACAGUCCAGUUUUUCUCGACCCUCUGCUUUCAAGACCGGUCACGCUUUUGUAAAUUUACAUCCAAACCGACGGAAAAAAAUCUUCACAAAAUAACCCAAGUUUUUCACCACUAGUAGCUUAGAUAGCACUUAAGCUCAAUACCGGUGGUGCUUUUGUGAUAGUCUCCUACUUUGAGAAAGAAAGGCAAUAUUUUGCCGAAAUCAGCGUGUUUUCAGCUCUAGUUUACCAGAAGUUGAGCCCACCCGAUGUGACAUAG